AACAAAAUCAAACCGUUGUUGGGUUACGAACUGAACACAAACAUAAAAGCCUCGCAUUACAUUACCAUAAUGGUCGAGCAAAGCGCGUUCGUGGCCGGCUGAGAUUUAUUUACGUUGAAAAUAGUCUUUUCUGUUAAAAAUCUACGCAAAAUAUGUGUAGUUUUGUAGCUUCCUGUCCGGUAUAUAGUGUGAAUGUAACAAUUGUUAGUUUUUCGUGCUGUUGGAGUUGUAAAAUGAGUUAUUUUAGUUCGAGAUUUAGCUGAACUAUUUCAUGGGAUCGAUGCCCUUGUUCGUUGAAAAAAAUGCUUGUCACACAAACGGCUGUUUAAUUCGGUAAACAUUUCAUAGAACAGGUUUAGAAUCACCGAAAAACUAUGUCGACCGACUCGGAGAGUAGAUCUAUUGCUGGAAAAAACAGCCACAACUCAGCUACCUACUCUAUCCAUCCGUUGGAAGAUGUACCCAUUAGAAAAAGUGUUGUUCAAAUUAUUCGCGAGCGUAGCUCGGAGCACCUGCAACCGAGAAAAAAAAGUACCAUGCAAAUCACAAAACUUGUGCUUAAGGAUCACCCCACUAGUCCGAGAAGAAAAGUUACACCAAUGGUCAUUAAAUCUAUCACGACAUUCACAAGUUCGGCACUAACGGGCAACGAAGAGCAUAGCAGAAGCGGGGCUUUUAACGACAAAGGGAACCAAAACGGGCAGCUGGAAGAGUACACUAUCAAGCCGCUUCCGAAUGUCGACAAAUUAAUUACUGGGUUUGAAGAUAAAAAACGUGAAGGAAACCAAGCAAGCAACGAAUUUCAAAGUUUUCUGUUAGAAAACUUAAAUGUAGAAAAAAGGGCUAAUUCCGGAAUUUCCAAAACGACCAAUGAAGGUAAGGAGGAAUCUGUUGAAUCAAACAGUAACAGCGUUGAUCAGCCUGCUUCGAUUACUCCACCGUCAAAAAGCGAAUCGAAAUCUAAGCAAAAUUUGCUUGAAAGUAACAACACAGUAACAUCUGAAAAGGCAACAAAAAAAAUGCCGCCACCUGCUGAAACCGAAAAGGUUCGAAGAUCAACACCGCGCCCCAAAUCAGUAAGUAGUAAAAAGACUCCUCCGGAGGAACCCAAAAAGGAAAAAUCAUACGAUCCUCAAAAAGCACGUGAGUUCAUUGAAAAGCAACAAGCGAAACGAAAGCAGGAAAAGAAGUCGAACGUUCCACAAACUGCAGAAAAGGAUAUCAUCAAAAAAAGACUCGAAGAACUCCGGAAAAGCAGUCGCAUACUUUUAAAUAAAAAUGUGCAGAAAGUGCGAAAACGUUCGGUAUCGGCUGCACCAUCAUCUUCGGUUGGAGACACAGGAAGUAAACAGCCAACAUGUUCGGUGGUAAAAGAACCAGUAAAAAUACUACCGAAAAAACCUCUACGCAAAAGUUCAUCGACUUCUUCACUACACUUACCCGGCGCAUCGGCAGUGUCUUCUGCCCCAUCCAAGAAUUCGUCUAGCAUUUCCGGAAGUAGCAAAAACGUAGUUCGUAAAAGAUCGUCGUUGCUUUUGAAGGCAGAUCUGUCGGAAAAAAUGGGAAUUAUGCGAAAGCCAGACUGCGUGGCACUGGGAGACGUGCUAAAUAGUCCAUUGCAACUUCGAACUCCACCGGUUAGUCGAAACGACGACCGCUUAUCUGAGAACAGAGUUCACAUAUCCGUGGAUGAUUCCGUUCAUGAAGUUACAAUUGACAACAUCGAACUACAAUUAAAACUGGACGUACCAGCUGUGACCUUAUUGACAGAUUUACGUCAGCAGCAGCCAGCAAAAUUUACCCAUGAGAAGAAGGAAAAUAAAAUAGCUCCAACAUGGUUGAAACACACGCUGCUUCAACCGGAUCCGUACCCAUUCAUAAUGGCUGUUCGUAAAAAAUUGGAAGCAAUUCGCAGUAUGAAUCAUGAUUCGGCCAUACAACUGGAGGAGUCUAUAAUACCUAAAGAGCAACAAAAAGUGCCUUCACAAACCAAACAAAACAAUAAUAUCAAUAGUCGAAAGUGCCUUGAUUAUCUAGAAUCGCUUAAAACGGUGCCUUAUGUUCAAAAGCCCCCCGUGGAAGAAAGCAGAAGCGAUCAACAUAUCUUAACCUCCAUUUGCCAACAGCCGCUGUCGGAAUCGAAUACCACAUCUGAAAUAAGCUCAAUCAAGUCGGACUUUGUUUUACCACUGCCUCCACUUAGCAGCACCAAAAUAGAUCUACCCGGACCAUCAAAUGUAACUGCUGCUAAAAACAAAUCAUCUCCCAUCAGUCCCUUAUCGAUUGAAAGAAUCUCGAAUCUCAAAAUUACGGGAGACAAUCUGCAUCACUUGGAACGUAGUAUAAAUUUUCACCGAGGCGUGAAUAUGCCAGAAGCUGAUCAGCUCCCCGAUCGAUUAUCUUUUACUGAACGAAACGUUCGGGAGGAUCUGCACCAAAGCGGGAUAAGUGCGAACACUUCCGAAAAGCAACGAAACUUUCUACAUGAUUCCGCGGCAAAACAUGAGCGGCAGUCAAGCGAAAAAAUGCUAGAAGCAUUCAACCGAAGUUUAGCGCAAGUUAUUCAGGUCAAUCAACAACUCUAUUCUGCGCUACAAAAGCCUCCAGUAGCUGUGGUGACUGGUGAUCGAAUAAAAAUUCGAGAUGAGAUGACUCAAACAACGCCCGUUCCGUCCGUACCGAUUAGUGUAUCCACUGUCAACUCCAACUACAUUGAAGACUUUGAACGGUCCGAUGUUCAAAAGACACCAACGAAAGAGACUUCAGGAGAAAGUAGUAGAACUCCUACAGCCGGCAGUGACUCAACGACGACCGCUACUGCCGAAAGCAGCCCUAGUAAAACGGGAUCCAGUGAUUCCCACACCUCGCUAGAAACCAGAUCGCUCAACCUUUCUGACAGUCACCACACUAAUCCUCCCCUGCCAGAGGAAUAUUUGCCUUCGUUUGAAGAAAGCUUACAUCGUCACUCAAAACAAGCUGCACCAACAGUACCAGUGCAAACCACGACAGGAGAUAGCACCAGUAUAGAAACACAAAUUAGCGAUGAGACCGUGGAUAAGCAGCAAUCCUUGCGACAAGGGCUGAACGAAUCUAAAAGUCUAGAUUCUAUUGCCUUUAAAAUAUCCGAAAGUGAAGAGAAGCAAAACGGAACCGCAAUUCUGGAUGAAGUUGUAGACAGUAAAGUCGAGUUCCUAAAGGUUCCCUCAAGUUCUAGCUCUUCUGCUGCUGAAGCUGCACCCAAUGAUACUACUAUGGGAAGUGAUAUCUUGGCGAUGUUCAACAGAACUGAUCUGGAAAUUUCGAUUUUAUCUACUACUGUUUCGGAAACGAACCUCAGCUAUUCCUCCAUCGGAAUGUACGAACAACUUAUUCAAAAUGAAAAAUCUAAAAGCGAACAGUUAGCUACUCGCGCCCGCCUUAAGGAGAAAGCCUUACUGGACCGCACUAAAGGUCAGCUGGCUUGGCUGGAGUUACAGAAACAACGCUACCGAGAAAGAGGCGGUAUGACAGAGCAGAUUUCCGCAAUCAAGAAGAAACAGAGGGCCAUUCUCGUGCGGUUGGAGAGGGAACGGGUUGAGUUGAACAAAUUCCAAAAACAUUCACUAGAGUCGUCUAUAGCACGGAACAAUACUCGCUCACCGAUUACACCGGAAUCAGUCACAGACAAGCUUAAUUCAUUUUCCUCAAAUAGUCGCACUAUUUCGCUACGGAAGUCUGGCGGAAGCUUUUCCAACCAAACCGAAACCAAUACAUCGCCUAAUGUCGGUAGCAUGUUGGCAUCACUACAACAGCAUCAUCGGAAGAUGACCACACUAGUCUCAACUUCCGUGGUAUCAAACUCCCCGUUGCAGUUUCCAACAGCCAUGCGUGGCAUGGAGCUGGAACCGAACGAGAAUUUGGAAGACAUGCUCACACGCCGCGAACAAGAGCUUCAGAAGCGUCGCCAGUAUGUCCAAGCCCUUCUUCAAUGGCAUCAAAAACUUGACCGUGAGGAGCAGGAAAUUCUUGACAUCGAACGCAACUUACUGCUGUACAACCGAGCUAAAACCAGUCAGAAGUCUACACCGUCGGCUCCGGGCAUCGAGCAGCGGCUGGUCCUGGGUCGCAUUCGUAGCAUCGAACAGAGUCUACAGACACUGCAGCAGAUAGGCAAUCAGGGAGACAGCGAAGACGAGCAAGUCCAAGCGGCAGGCAGCAAACUAAAUCGGCUGUGGUAUCGACUGACGGGAUUUAAGGAGAACCAAUAUGAACCCGGUCGUAGUUACACUCUUACCAGGGCUAGUUUGGAAGCGUUAUAUGAGCAGGCAAAGGAGAGAGUGCUUGAAAGAUUUAGCAAUGAUAGAGAAAUGAGGAAGAUUUUGCUGGAGCAGUCGUUCGGAGGUAUUGAUAGCAGCGAAAGCGCAACGACGAACGAUUCGAAAGUGUUUCUUGAAAAGCACAGCAAUCAGACAAGUAAUUAUUUGGGAGAAGAACCAGAAAUAGGUGCUGAGACGAGUGGCGGUAGCAGUUCUUUCAAGACUACCAUCAACUCAGUCACUGAAAUAGAACCAGCCGAUUCGAAAAGCUCUGAAGAAAAGCUAGAGGAGCAAAUCGAAGAGAAAAGUGAUCUGCUCGAUGUGGAUGAUAUUAUUUCCAGGGUCAGUGAUAUUACCGAGAACAUCAACGGCAUCCUUUCGUCGACUACAAACAUCGAUGAGUUACUUCGCAAUGAACAGGAAAAACACGGUUCAAGCUCCGUCGAGUUUCAUACCAUUGAAGAAGAACACGAUGUUGGAAAACGUGACAAAUCAUCACCCGAUGGCUAUUCCAGUACGUUCGACGCUCCGACAAUAGAGGAACAAGAGCACAUGCCUCCCGCAGAGGAAAGUCAAAUGCUAAUUGAAGACACGUCGUUGCCACAGUUUUGCGCUUCUAUUAGAGACGAGUCGGUUGAACAAUCAGAAACGGAUUCCACCAAUAAGGUAACCGAGGAUAUUCAGGACGAAGCUUCCUUAGGAGAAGCUAGUUCCACAACGUCGGCAGCGUCAACAUUUACGACUUCCGAAGAUCCAGGGGAGCCAGCACAAUAUAAGGAAGAAAAUGGCCAACCAAAAUCUCCUCUCGCUGUCGAACUGGAAAAAAGGCUCAUCACUCUUCACGUUGAUCUCGAGGAUUUCAGUGACAGCUUAGAGCGAGUCUCAGCUAUGCGAUCUCCGGAAGCAGCAAAGCAAAGUUCCUCGGAAAGUGAGCGAGGAAAUUCGUUCGUUGAGAGAGAUGAUUACUUCACAGAUAAAGAAUCGGCAAGCGAAACCGCCGAGAAGCCCUUUCCGGAUGAGUCGCAGGCCAUGAGGUCUGCACAAAAAGCUCCUGCGGCAGAGGCUGCUGCUGCUGCUGUAGACACCCACCGGAUGGAUGUAAAAAUUCGAAACAAAAACGUAAAUGAAAACUUUCCUCACUCGGCUUCCAGCGGAGCUGGAUCUUCAAUGGGUGGAACCUCUAUACUUUCCUAUUUAUCUCAACAAUCCUUACACAAUUCUAACAGUCAGUCUUUGCCGGUCGCAACAGCAUCGUCCAUCGUUCCAAAUCGAAUGCCCGACAUCAUCAACGAAGCAGAAGUGCUUCGUCGCCAGCAGUUGCAAAUCGAACAGGAAAUCAAACAGUUAGAACAACAGGUUGUCCUAUUUCGAGAAAUACCCAACAAACCCCCACCGCCGUACAUUCCACCGGCGAAUGGCAGCCCGUUAGCUCUUAUCUUUCCAUCAGAACCGCGAAUCGACGAGCUAAUUGAAAGUCGCACCCAGGAUCUUUUCCAGAGCGAAACUCCCCAGGAAAAACUGCGCUCUGACCACGUAACCAACAUCUACGAGAAGCUUAUCCUAGAUAUGUGUAAAGAACUGUACGCUGACCUGCGUCCUCCAUCUCCGGAUGUUUCCUUCCGAACAGUUGAGCAUGACAAACGACCGCUGGCGUUUUACAACCCACCAAACAGCCUCCUUUGCAUGCAAGACCACAUGAAGCGUAAAGUGAAACGCAUUCUCAACGAGGAAAGUUUACUGCAGCAUCAACAGCAGCAGCAGAACCUGCACCACUGCCCAAUGCCGUUCCUGAUGUUCAACGGCGGUAACGGUGCCGUGGGAGGAAUCGGCGGAGGGUCUGCCAAACGAAAACGCGACCAGGUGGACGAAAUCUUGGCCCAGGAAAUGUUCGACGAAGAAUCGCGCUGGACGAAUUUCGAUCGCGAAGAAAUUGAAGUGAAAGAACGCAUUGUCGGUGAACUGACGAAGAUGCUGGUAGCGGAAGCCGUGCGGGAUAUGGAAGCGGCUUGGCUGGAGAAGUUUGACCCUCCGGCUGCGCAAACUGCGAGAGUCGAAGAAAAACCGAUGCAACGCACGGAGAUGGAUGUGGAUGACCUGUGACUCUAGUAUAUAGCUGAUUGAAAAUCAUUUGUGAUGUUUGAAAGUGCAUUUCAAUUUGAUACUUUAGAAACAUAGUUGGUAGUGUUUUUUUGUAUCUGUAGGAACCUUACAAUCCCUAAGGCUGCGUUUUACGAACUCACUAGAAGUAUUACUGUGCAUUCACAUUCGUGAAUGUUGUUAUUUUAGUUUGCUCAAUUUUACAUACUUUCUAUAAUAGGCGGCGAACAAAACAGUAACGUAUUUUACUGUGUUUUUUAGUAGCCAAUAGACGUAAGUAGAGAUAACUCAAGUGAUUCGACUUGUUUUACAGCUCACUGAAAUAUAAUCGUACUAGUUUAAAAGAACACAAUCAAUCUAGACAAGAAUAAAUCCCUUGGUCCCAAUUCUUUUAGCUCUAAGCAGAACGAACACAAUUCAAUUGAUUUUUUUACUUAUCAAUACUAUAUUUUAUUUAUACAAUGUUCGUUUCCGAUACUUUUUUUUCUUCAGUUCAAUCUAUAAGUUAACAAGCAUAUUUCCUCUCGCUAACUCUUGCGCUGGCUAGAUCCAUGUCUAAUAUGCGGGCUUAACUCCUGCUGGAACUUACAACACCUUGUUCGAUUCGUUUUUAGUCAUCAAGCCAUCAUCGGCAGUUUGUGAUCAGUUAUAUUAUUGUAUCAAACUCUAUUUUCACUAUUAUUCAAAAUACCUGCUUGUUUAAAUGUUUAUAUCUGACUAAGAGUGUGAGUGUAUGUGUGUGAAAACUUGAUGCUUCGUUAAGUUGUUCAAUUGCUGUUCAAUACCUGUCGAGUUAGUGUUGGUGCGAGAAUUGAGAACCUCAAAAAAACAAUAGUUCGCUAUGCAAGGUUUCUAAGAAUUUUAACGAAUAAUAUUUAAAAGAGAAAAUUGAACCUCAAGCUUUUAAACCUAAAAACCAUUGGCUGAUAAUUACAAAGAUAUUUGGAUAAAAAGCAGUCGCAACUGAUCUAUUAGAAAAUACACUUUAUUCACAAAACCCUGCCGCUCCAGCACACAAAUGCU